AUGAAAACAGAAGAGAACGAUAAUAAAUUGAUCGAUUUUGAAGAUUUGGUUGAGAUAAAAGAAGAAAAACCGGAGAACAUAAUAGAAGAAAUAACCGUAUCGAAUUCGGAUAGCGAAGAAAAUUUAACGUUAAAUUUAUUAAUAAAUGAAAUAAGAGAGAAAAAAAAUAUUGAAAAUAAAGACCAAACAAAAUCAAUUAAUUCGAAAUAUGUUAGAAACAUUUCAUCGCUUCGUGGUUUGAUACAAUACGAAAAUGAUAAAUCGAGUACGAAAGCAUCAAAUCUUCCAAUAGUUAAAAGAUGUUGCAUAGAACAUUGUUAUUUUACGAGAAGUCGUGGUGGAACUUCGAGAUACAAUUUAAGAAAUUUACCUGUUACCGACGCGUCAACUUUACAAUUCCAGAACGAAAAUCAAAUCGAACAGCAGACAAUAGAUUUUGAAAAUGAUGAUGAUGCAACGUUUCAUUCAAAUGCCGUGCCAAUAAAAAAAAAUUAUAAAUGUAAUUUCGAUAGUGAUGUUGAAUCAUUAGCAGACGAUUCAAAUGACAGAGAUUAUUAUCCGGAUAAUGAUAGUGAAAACGCAAGUGGAACAAGUACUGAAAGUGGUGUUGUUAUAAAACAAUUUAAUAAAAAAACUGAUAAAAAUAUAAAUCAAAGGGAAAAAUUAUUAUUAAUUAAUAAUAAUGAAUCCGAUGCCGCCGAUAUUUGUGAUAAUAAAAAAUUCAUUUCCCGUAAUCGUUUAGGUAUAUCAAGUUACCCUAAUACCCAUGAAAUCCCAAAUAAUUUCGUUAGCGUUCACGAUCUCCUUAGCAAAUUGAGAAACAUGCAAAAAAUUAUGAAAGCUAAAUAUGAGAAAAAAUUAUUAGGAGAUGGAAGUGAUAAAAUACCGCCGCCGAAAUUGAAAAAAAUUUUAGGGAACAAGGGAAAAAAUGAAGAUUUUCCCAAAUUAUCCGAGUAUUUGUUUCCCAUGCCAAACCUCACGAAAAUAAAUUCCGAUAAAAAUUGGAAAAUCGAUUACAUAGAUGAUGAAAUACAAAGUUUGGGUCUCGAUGAUCUUUUGCUCAAAGCCAGCGAAUUAAAUGCUGAAAAUUUCACUAAAGCACUCGGGCGAAAAUUAGAUUCCGUUAAAAAUAAUUUUAAUGGAAAAGAUGGUUCCGAAAUUGUUUUGACCAUACCUAAAUCGAAAAGGAAUUCAUCCGAUGUUUCAGACGGUGAAGAUAAAAAGAAGCAGCAGGGAGGUGGAGUAGGAGGAGAUAAGGUUGAACCAAUUGUUAAAGGAACAGAAACGACGACUGCGACUGCGACGACUACGACGACGACAAAUUCGUCGUUGUUAUCGUCGUCGUCGUCGUCGUCACCUAAAAAACCAGGUAUCAAAGUUAAAACAGUAGAAAACAUAAACGAAGAAUUCAAAGAUGCGUUCGAAUUGAAAAAAUCAUUAAAAGACUGCAAUCAAAUAAACGGGGAUAAAAACAACAUUCAGGAUAAAAAGAAAGAAUUGAAUUUUAAUAAAAACAUGAGAGAACAAACGGAUGGAGGAAACGAUCAAUCGUCCAAACCCGAUCAAAAUCAAAAUUUUCAAGAAAAGAAUAAAAAAUUGGAAGAAACGUCAACAACGUCGACGACGCCCUUCGUCAUGACAAUCGUACAAAGUAAAACAGAAAAACAAAGGCCGGCCAUAUUGAGAAAUUCAAAUUUGUUAAAAAAAAAAUCAACAAUAACUCUUGGAAGUGUUAAAAACAAAGACAAAGUUUACGAAAUGACCAAAGAAGAUAAAAAUCCUGUCGAGAGUAAAUUAAUGGACACCGUCGGAACCAACGUUACUCUUUUGGAUUCUUCAAAUGUUAAAAAACAAAACAUUUCCGAUUCGGAAAAUGUUAAUUUUUCAACUGUAAAAAAAACAAAUUAUUCUAAAAUCGAGACUGAUAAUAAUGAUAUGUCGCAGACGUCAUCAAACGUUUCGAUAAACGUUCCAAAACUUUCAUUCAAAAAGAAAAACAUUCCCUUCAUACUCGAUAGGAGUAGGAAAUCAAGACAAAUGGAAUUAACGGGACAGUCGAUUAACAACGUCGAAAGUAUAACGACGGCAACGACAACAACAACAACAGCAGUAGCAGCAGUACCACCACCACCACCACCACCAGCACCGACACCAGUGUCAGUCGUUUCACAUAAAAUGGUCAAAACAAACGACGGAUCAACCGAAAAAGUAUUCAAAGUUAAAAGCAUAGAACAAAAAUUGGGAGUUGGAAAAGAGAGUUGCGUCAGCAACAGGAGAUUUAUAAAAGUCGUUCCCUACGAUCCCGUAAACGUGCAAAGUAAAAAAAUCGAAACGAACGAAUUCGCACAACAGAAAAAUUCAACGGACGAGGAUUCGGACAAAGGUUCUAAUAAGGAUCCGAAAGGUAAUCACGUGAUAACACUAACAGCAUUCUCGUCGAUAUUGAAAGAAAUAUUACCGGAAAAAUGGUUUUUGUGCCUGGAUAAAAAAUACGGUUUGCAAAUAAUGAAAACUCACGUUGACGAACUAUUAAAUCCCUCCAUAUUGAUAAGCGUCGUCAUCGCGAGAUGUGGAAAACUCACCGUCAACGUCAAAGGACAACAAUUGGACGAAUCUCAUCAGUUAUUUUCAAAUUUAUGCAAAAUUGAAAAUUCCGACAACAAAUUGAGCAUAAAUUACGUACUGGCGAUAUUAAACAAAUUAAAAUACCUGAGCGUGUGCACCGGAUGCGAUGCAUCACUUAAAAAAUACUGGACGGAAGAGGAAUUGUUAGAAAUGGAAAAGACCGGAAACGAAAUAGUACGAAGGGAAAAAAUAUACAGAUCUCACGGUUGUCACUUGUUGAUAGCAUUAGGAAAGAAAAGAUGUUAUCCGUGUUUCAGAAUGAACGAAUCAUUGAAAAAACGUUGGAGAAAAGACAAAACGGAAGACAACGGAAGUGGUGGUGGUGGUGGUGGUAAUAACGGAAACAAAGACGAUGGAACGAAUCUAAAGGAAUUCAGUCCGAACGUCGAAACAAACGAAACGAUCGGGGUUGACAAAAACGACAGCGUACAAUCUCAAAGGGGAAUAAAAAGAAAUCUCGAAGAUUUUCUAGAAGAAUCAUUUUCUACAAUGAAACAACAAAUAACGGACGAAUUGGAAAAGAAUAAAAAAUUGGGGGAAAAAGAAAAUGCGUUGAAGGAACAGGAGGAAGUUUUGAGUUUCAUGGGUUUGGCGAGAAAAGACACCCUCGAUAAAACCGUUAGGAAAAGUAAAAGGAAAAAAAAUUGUUUUUACAAAUUUCAAAAACCCGCUAAGAAAAAAAUAGAUCAAAAAGAACUGGAAUUCCUGGAGAAAUAUUGGCCGGAUAUAAACACGCUUUUUUCAACGAGUUUACUUUUCGGAGCGUAUUCUAGAACCGGAAGAACGAGACUACGCGAAAAAUGUAGAAUGUUUCAAAAAUUAUUAUCGACGUGGAAAGCGAUCGUCGAAUCCAAUCCUGAUUGGAUCGGAAAUGACGUCAUUUUAACAAAAACGGUCGACGAUGAGGAAAAUUUCGAAAAAGGUGAUAAAUUCGAUAAAAUGGAUUUGAUAGCUUUAAGAGCUUACAUAAUUAAUUCGGUUAAAGAAGUAAAUAGAAUAAAACACAAACUCAAAACAAAAAAUUCAUAUUUUAAAUUGCUCUACAAUAAAUUCGUCAAGAGAAGAAUGAAAAAAACAUCGAAAUGUUUAGAUAAAAAGGAAAAAAUCACCGGGGAGGGUGGUGGUAGUAGCAGUAACAACAACAGUAGCAGUGGCAGCAAUAGCAACAGCGUGUCAAACACACCGACGGAUAUGAGCAGCGAUGAAAAUUUCAAAGAAAAAGAAAAAAUAGAAGAAGUGGAAGAAGAGGAAGAAGAAGAAGAAGAAAAUAAUGCAAGCACCGAACAAUUAAACGAUACCGUCGUCAAUUCCUCUUCAGCAUCCUCAUCUUCGUCAUCUUCCUCAUCUUCGUCGUCCUCGUCGUCAUCGUCGACGUCAUCAUCAUCAGCAUCUUCAUCUCCUUCGAUACCGGAAAACGAUUUUAAAAAUGAUUAA